UGACACUUCAAAUUGAAGUUUUCCAAUUUGUUUAUUCGCCGAAAAACAAACCAAAUCAAAUAAUUUGAAGUUAUAUAUUUAUUUAACUAAUAAAAAGAAAUUUAACAAAAUAAAACUUAAAUAUGAGUAAAGAUGAAAAACCAAAAAGUGCUUCAGAUCCACAGGCACCGGUAACUCGAAAAGGAUUCCUCAUUUCCUUUAAAACUGGCGAACCCACAGAGAUCAAAGAACGUGAUGUGUUUGGAAGAUGCCGACCGGUGACAGAAUUCGAGAAACUUAACAGAAUCGGUGAAGGAACUUAUGGAAUUGUUUAUCGAGCUAGAGAUACAAAAAACAAUGAAAUCGUAGCUCUUAAAAAGGUGCGGAUGGACCAGGAGAAAGACGGCCUUCCCAUUAGUGGCUUGCGUGAAAUUCAAAUCCUAAAGACUUGCAACCACGAGAAUAUAGUUCGAUUAGCAGAAGUCGUUGUAGGAAAGAGUCUUGAAAGCAUCUUCCUCGUGAUGGAAUAUUGCGAACAAGAUCUGGCUUCACUCCUUGACAAUAUGACUGCUCCUUUCUCCGAAUCUGAAGUCAAGUGUAUUGUGUUGCAAGUUCUCAAAGGCUUGCAAUACAUGCACUCCAGGUACAUUGUCCAUAGAGACCUCAAGGUGUCCAAUCUCUUGAUGACCGAUAAAGGAUGUGUUAAAAUAGCUGACUUUGGUUUGGCCAGAUUGUUCGGAGUUCCAGCUCUCCCGAUGACGCCUCAGGUAGUUACACUAUGGUAUCGUUCGCCUGAACUACUCCUCGGCUCACAGAACCAAACAACUGCCGUCGAUAUGUGGGCUUUGGGUUGUAUUCUCGGUGAACUUCUAUCGCAUAAACCCUUGUUACCGGGAAAUACGGAGAUUCAACAGCUCGAGUUGAUAAUUGAUUUGUUAGGGACACCCUCUGAAGCUAUCUGGCCUGACUUUAACACCAUGCCGGCUCUUCAGAACUUCACUCUGAAGUCCCAGCCCUAUAACAAUCUGAAACCCAAGUUCCAAUGGCUAUCGCAAGCGGGAUUGCGAUUAUUGAACUUCCUCUUUAUGUACGAUCCAAAGAAAAGGGCGACCGCUGAGGAAUGCCUGCAGAGUACUUACUUUAAGAUACCGCCAUUACCAUGUGACCCGAAUCUGAUGCCCACCUUCCCUCAACACAGAAAUAUGCGGCAGUCAAAGGAACAACAGCACGUCAAUGCCCAGCAGGUUCCGGAAUUACCUGCAAUCUCAGAUCUGCUUGGUUCGCUGCUCAAGAUGAGAAGAGUUGAUUAAAUAAAAAAGACAAUUUUUGAUA